AUGGAGAUCGAGAACAUGAGCUCACUCCGAUUCCUCAACAUGUCGAACAACCAGUUCGAGGGGAGCUUGGAUUGGAACUACUCGACCCUCCCGAGUUUGCGAGUGCUCGAUGCGUACAACAACAACUUCUCCUCUCCACUCCCACUCGGCGUUCUGAGCUUGAAGAACAAUCUCAACCACUUGGAAUUGGGAGGGAACUAUUUCUAUGGCGAAAUACCUUUAAUUUACGGGGAUUUAUUUCGGUUGGAGUACUUAUCGUUGGCUGGAAAUGAUCUACAAGGAAGAAUUCCUCGAGAGUUAGGCAAUCUCACUAACUUGAGGGAGCUUUACUUGGGGUACUACAAUGCUUUCGAAGGUGGGAUUCCGAUGGAGUUUGGGAAAUUAGUGAAUUUAGUCCACAUGGAUCUUUCGACUUGCGAAUUGGAUGGCUCGAUUCCGAAAGAGUUUGGCAGUUUGAGCUCGCUCGAUACUUUGUUUCUCCACGUGAAUCGACUGAACGGGCCAAUUCCGAAAGAGCUAGGCAAUUUGACGAGUUUGGUGAAUCUUGAUCUUUCUUUGAAUGGGUUUAGUGGCGAGAUUCCGUACGAGCUCGUAAGCCUCAAAGAAAUCAAGCUUCUCAAUCUUUUCAUGAACAGAUUUCACGGGUCGGUACCGGAUUUUGUCGCGGGUUAUCCGAAACUCGAGACGCUUGCUCUGUGGAUGAACAAUUUUACAGGCAAAAUACCGGAGAAUCUUGGUUGGAAUCAGCCUCUAAAGGAGGUGGAUUUGUCGACGAACAAGCUGACAGGUACGAUUCCGAAACACUUGUGCGAAUCGAAGCAGCUCCGGGUAUUGAUUCUUAAGAAGAAUUUCCUCUUCGGUUCGAUAACGGAGGAUUUAGGGGCGUGUACGAGUCUUGUUAGGGUGAGGUUGGCGGAGAACUACUUCAAUGGCAGCAUUCCAAGUGGUUUCAUUUACCUGCCUGAAUUGAACUUUCUUGAAUUACAGAGCAAUAUGUUUUCCGGUUCCUUGUCUGAAAACGGUUACGAUUCUGAUUCUUCUUCGAAGAAUCGAACACAUCUAGAGCAGAUGAAUCUGUCGAAUAAUCAGCUCUCGGGUCGGUUGCCGUUUUCUUUGUCGAAUUUCUCUUCACUACAAAUUUUAUUGAUGAGUGGAAACAAUUUCUCCGGUCCAAUCCCUCCUUCGAUUGGUCAACUUCGACAAGUAGUGAAAAUCGACCUCAGCGGAAACUCACUCGAAGCUCGAAUUCCGCUCGAAAUCGGAAACUGCCUCCAUUUGAACUACCUCGAUUUGAGCAAGAACGAAUUAUCCGGCUCAAUCCCACAAGAGAUAUCCGAUAUCAAAAUCUUGAAUUACUUAAACUUAUCAAGAAACCACUUGAACGACACCAUACCUCAAUCGAUCGCCUCCAUGAAAAGCCUCACAACAGUCGAUUUUUCAUACAACGAUCUCGCUGGGAAGCUUCCGGAAACGGGCCAGUUUUCGGUUUUCAACGCUACUUCAUUCAUCGGCAACCCUCGACUCUGCGGACCCCUAUUAAACAACAAUCCGUGCAAUCUCACAACAGCCAAUGAGACAAGCCCACCUGGCAAACCCCACAACUCGUUCAAGCUAGUAUUCGCACUCGGCUUGCUAAUGUGUUCGUUAGUAUUCGCAGCAGCUGCCGUUUUCAAGGCCAGGUCUUUCAAGAAAAAGGGGAGCGAUUCUUGGAAAAUGACGGCCUUUCAAAAGCUCGAUUUUUCGGUGAACGAUGUUAUCGAAAGCGUUAAAGAUGGCAAUGUGAUAGGCAGGGGCGGGGCAGGGGUCGUCUACCAUGGAAAAACUCCAAACGGGGUCGAAAUUGCUGUCAAGAAAUUGAUGGGAUUUAACGGGAUUAACGGACAUGAUCAUGGUUUCAAAGCCGAGAUUAGAACACUUGGCAAUAUCAGACAUCGAAACAUCGUAAGACUUUUAGCAUUCUGCUCCAAUAAGGACACGAAUCUUCUUGUUUACGACUACAUGAGAAACGGGAGCUUGGGGGAGGCUCUGCAUGGGAAGAAAGGCGGGAUCUUGGGGUGGAACUUGCGGUACAAGAUUGCGGUCGAUGCGGCGAAAGGGCUGUGCUAUCUUCACCACGAUUGUGAGCCGUUGAUUGUUCAUCGCGAUGUGAAAUCGAAUAAUAUACUGCUGGAUUCGAGCUUUGAAGCUCGUGUGGCGGAUUUUGGGUUGGCUAAGUUCUUGGUGGAUGGUGGAGCGUCGCAGUGCAUGUCUGCUAUUGCAGGGUCUUAUGGCUACAUUGCUCCAGAAUACGCCUACACAUUGAGAGUAGACGAGAAGAGCGACGUGUACAGCUUCGGCGUAGUCCUCCUCGAGCUCGUCACCGGCCGCCGGCCGGUGGGCGGCGAGUUCAGCGAGGGUGUCGACAUCGUGCAGUGGACAAAGUGUUCGACGAAUUGCCGAAGAGAAGAAGUCACACGCAUCAUCGAUCCGAGGCUGACCGUUGUGCCCAAAGACGAAGCCAUGCACUUGUUCUUCGUCGCCAUGCUUUGCGUACAAGAGAACAGCGUCGAGCGGCCCACCAUGAGAGAGGUGGUGCAGAUGCUGUCGGAGUUCCCGCGCCGCUCGCCGGAGUUUCACCCCUCGUCAUCGUCGUCUAGCCACCAGUUGCAGCCGCCGCAGAAGAAGAGCCCUGAUGAGAAAAUUCGACAAGAUUUGUUGGUCUGAAUUCUCAAAGUCUAUGAAUAUAUGGAUUAACCUUUUUUCCUAUUUUUAAUUUAUCUUUUUUUGUGAUUUUAAUUUAAUUUGUUUUACUUUUUUUGGGGGGAGGGGAUAGGAGAGUUAGUGUCCAAAAGUUAGGGGGCAAAAUAAAAUAUUUUAUGAAAUGAGAGGGGUUGAUUAGAAUUUCUUUUUUCCUUGUAUUAUAGUGUAUACAAAUAGUAUGUACCAUUAAUUUUCUUUGGGUGAAUAUGGGCUUUUCCUCUUUUUCUUUUU